AUGGAGGGAAGAGGAGCGGGCCUGGGCCGGGCGGCCUAUGAACGCCUCACAGCUGAGGAGAUGGAUGAGCAGAGGCGGCAGAACGUUGCCUAUCAGUACCUGUGCCGGCUGGAGGAAGCCAAGCGCUGGAUGGAGGCCUGCCUGAAGGAGGAGCUUCCUUCCCCAGUGGAGCUGGAGGAGAGCCUCCGGAACGGAGUGCUGCUGGCCAAGCUGGGCCACUGUUUUGCACCCUCCGUGGUUCCCUUGAAGAAGAUCUAUGACGUGGAGCAGCUGCGGUACCAGGCAACUGGCUUGCAUUUCCGUCACACGGACAACAUCAACUUUUGGCUGUCUGCAAUAGCCCACAUCGGUCUGCCUUCGACCUUCUUCCCAGAGACCACGGACAUCUAUGACAAGAAGAACAUGCCCCGGGUAGUCUACUGCAUCCAUGCCCUCAGUCUCUUCCUCUUCCGGCUGGGAUUGGCCCCUCAGAUACAUGAUCUAUAUGGGAAAGUGAAAUUCACAGACGAGGAACUCAGCAACAUGGCCUCUGAACUGGCCAAAUAUGGCCUCCAGCUGCCUGCCUUCAGCAAAAUCGGGGGCAUCCUGGCCAACGAGCUCUCAGUGGAUGAAGCUGCAGUCCACGCAGCUGUUCUUGCCAUCAAUGAGGCAGUGGAGCGAGGAGUGGUUCAGGAAACUCUGGCUGCCUUGCAGAAUCCCAGUGCUCUUCUAGAGAAUCUUCGAGAGCCUCUGGCAGCCAUCUACCAGGAGCUGCUGGCCCAGGCCAAGAUGGAGAAGGCUGCCAAUGCCAGGAACCAUGAUGACAGAGAGAGCCAGGACAUCUAUGACCACUACCUAACUCAGGCUGAAAUCCAGGGCAACAUCAACCAUGUCAACGUCCAUGGGGCUCUAGAAAUUGUUGAUGAUGCCCUGGAAAGACAGAGCCCUGAGGCCUUGCUUAAGGCCCUUCAAGACCCUGCUCUGGCCCUGCAAGGGGUGAGGAGAGACUUUGCUGACUGGUACCUGGAGCAGCUGAGCUCAGACAGAGAGCAGAAGGCACAGGAGCUGGGCCUGGUGGAGCUUCUGGAAAAGGAGGAGGUCCAGGCCGGCGUGGCAGCAGCCAACAUGAAGGGUGAUCAGGAACAAGCCAUGCUCCAGGCUGUGCGACGGAUCAACAAAGCCAUCCAGAGGGGAGUGGCAGCUGACACUGUGAAGGAGCUGCUGUGCCCUGAAGCCCAGCUGCCUCCGGUGUACCCCUUUGCCUCGGCUGUGUACCAGCAGGAGCUGGCAGUGCUCCAGCGGCAGCAGCAGGGGGAGCUUGGCCAGGAGGAGCUCUUUGUGGCCGUGGAGAUGCUCUCAGCUGUGGUCCUGAUUAACCGGGCCCUGGAGGCCAGGGAUGCCAGUGGCUUCUGGAGCAGCCUGGUGAACCCAGCCACAGGCCUGGCAGAGGUGGAAGGAGAAAAUGCUCAGCGUUACUUUGAUGCCCUGGUGAAACUGCGACAGGUGCGUGGAGUGGAUGAGGCCUUCCUGAGCUGGAAUGACCUGCAAGCCACUGUGAGCCAGGUCAAUGCUCAGGUCCAGGAAGAGACUGACCAGGUCCUGGCAGUCAGCCUCAUCAACGAGGCUCUGGACCAAGACAGCCCUGAGAAAACUCUAUCCGCCCUCCUGCUUCCUGCGGCUGGCCUGGACGAUGUCAGCCUCCCUGUCGCCCCUCGGUACCAUCUCCUCCUUGUGGCAGCCAAAAGGCAGAAGGCCAAGGUGACAGGGGAUCCUGGAGCUGUCCUGUGGCUGGAGGAGAUCCGCCAGGGAGUGGUCAGAGCCAACCAGGAUACAAACACAGCGCAGAGAAUGGCUCUUGGUGUGGCCGCCAUCAAUCAGGCCAUCAAGGAGGGCAAGGCAGCCCAGACAGAGCGGGUGUUGAGGAACCCCGCCGUGGCCCUCCGAGGUGUAGUUCCCGACUGUGCUGAAGGCUACCAACAAGGCCUGGAAAGUGCUGUAGCGAAGAAACGGCGUCCAGCGGACACAGCUUUCUGGGUUCAACAUGACAUGAAGGAUGGCACUGCCUACUACUUCCAUCUGCAGACCUUCCAGGGCACCUGGGAGCGACCCCCCAGCUGCCGCCUCAACACCUCCCACCUGACUCGGGAGGAGAUCCAGUCAGCCAUCACCAAGGUCACUGCUGCCCAUGACCGCCAACAGCUCUGGAAAGCCAACGUCAGCUUUGUCAUCCAGCUCCAGGCCCGCCUCCGCGGCUUCCUAGUUCGGCGGAAGUUCGCUGAGCGUUCCCACUUUCUGAGGAUCUGGCUCCCAGCAGUCAUCAAGAUCCAGACUCAUUGGCGGGGUUACAGACAGCGGAAGAUUUACCUGGAGCGGUUACAGUAUUUAAAAGCAAACCUGGAUGCCAUAAUCAAGAUCCAGGCCUGGGCCCGAAUGUGGGCAGCUCGGAGGCAAUACCUGAGGCGUCUGCACUACUUCCAGAAGAAUGUUAACUCCAUUGUGAAGAUCCAGGCAUUUUUCCGAGCCAGAAAAGCCCAGGAUGACUACAGGAUAUUAGUACACGCACCCCACCCUCCUCUCAGUGUGGUACGCAGAUUUGCCCAUCUCUUAAAUCAAAGCCAGCAGGACUUCUUGGCUGAAGCGGAGCUGCUGAAGCUCCAGGAAGAGGUAGUUAGGAAGAUCCGGUCCAAUCAGCAGCUGGAGCAGGACCUCAACAUCAUGGACAUCAAGAUUGGUCUGCUGGUAAAGAACCGGAUCACCCUGCAGGAGGUAGUCUCCCACUGCAAGAAGCUGACCAGGAAGAAUAAGGAACAGCUUUCGGAUAUGAUGGUUCUGGACAAGCAGAAGGGAUUAAAGUCGCUGAGCAAAGAGAAACGGCAGAAGCUAGAAGCAUACCAACACCUCUUCUACCUACUCCAGACUCAACCAAUCUAUCUGGCCAAGCUGAUCUUCCAGAUGCCACAGAACAAAACCACCAAGUUCAUGGAGGCAGUGAUUUUCAGUCUGUACAACUAUGCCUCCAGCCGCCGAGAGGCCUAUCUCCUGCUCCAGCUGUUCAAGACAGCGCUCCAGGAGGAAAUCAAGUCAAAGGUGGAGCAACCCCAGGACGUGGUGACAGGCAACCCAACUGUAGUGAGGCUGGUGGUGCGAUUCUACCGUAAUGAGCGGGGACAGAGUGCCCUGAGGGAGAUCCUGGGCAAAGUUGUUCAGGACGUGCUGGAGGACAAGGUGCUCAACGUCCACACAGAUCCUGUCCACCUGUACAAGAGCUGGAUCAACCAGACCGAGGCCCACACCGGGCAGCGCAGAUAUGGGAUGCGUUAUGUGGCCAAAGUCCUGAAGACAACUCUGGCAGAGAAGUUCCCCAAUGCCACGGAGAGUGAGAUCUAUAAGGUGGUAGGAAACCUCCUGUACUACCGCUUCCUGAACCCCGCGGUGGUGGCCCCUGAUGCCUUCGACAUUGUGGCCCUGGCAGCGGGUGGUGCCCUGGCUGCCCCCCAGCGCCACGCCCUGGGGGCUGUGGCUCAGCUCCUGCAGCACGCUGCGGCUGGCAAGGCCUUCUCUGGGGAGAGCCAGCACCUGCAGGUCCUGAACAACUACCUGGAGGAGACGCACCUCAAGUUCAGGAAGUUCAUCUGCAGAGCCUGCCAGGUGCCAGAGCCAGAGGAGCGUUUUGCCAUGGACGAGUACUCAGACAUGGUGGCUGUGGCCAAACCCAUGGUGUAUAUCACUGUAGGGGAGCUGGUCAACACGCACAGGCUGUUGCUGGAGCACCAGGACUGCAUCGCCCCCGAUCACCAUGAUCCCCUGCACGAGCUCCUGGAGGACCUUGGGGAGCUGCCCACCAUUCCUGACCUCAUUGGGGAGAGCAUAGCUGCAGAUGGGCACAUGGACCUGAGCAAGCUGGAAGUGUCCCUGACACUCACCAACAAGUUUGAAGGACUGGAGGUGGAUGCUGACGAUACCGAUGCCCGGAGCCUACUUCUGAGCACGAAGCAGAUGCUGGCUGAUAUCAUACAGUUCCACCCUGGGGACUCCCUCAAGGAGAUCCUGUCCCUCUCAGCUUCCAGAGAGCAGGAAGCAGCCCACAAGCGGCUGAUGUGCCGACGCCAGGCCUGUGAGGCCCAGACCCCAGAGCCGCUGCGACGACACCGCUCACUGACAGCACAUUCCCUCCUGCCACUGGCAGAGAAGCAGCGGCGUGUCCUGCGGAACCUGCGCCGACUCGAAGGCCUGGGGUUGGUCAGUGCCAGCGACGGCUACCAGGGGCUAGUGGACGAGUUGGCCAAGGACAUCCGCAACCAGCACAGACACCGGCAACGGCGGAAAGCAGAGCUGGUGAAGCUUCAGGCCACGUUCCAGGGCCUGAGCACUAAGACCACCUUCUAUGAGGAGCAGGGCGACUACUACAGCCAGUACAUCCGGGCCUGCCUCGACCACCUGGCCCCCAACUCCAAGAGUUCUGGGAAGGGGAAGAAGCAGCCUUCUCUUCAUUACACUGCUGCCCAGCUCCUGGAGAAGGGUGUCUUGGUGGAGAUUGAAGAUCUUCCCGUCUCUCACUUCAGAAACGUCAUCUUUGACAUCACCCCUGGAGAUGAGGCAGGAAAGUUUGAAGUAAAUGCCAAGUUCCUGGGUGUGGACAUGGAGCGAUUUCAGCUUCACUAUCAGGACCUCCUGCAGCUCCAGUAUGAGGGUGUGGCUGUCAUGAAACUCUUCAACAAGGCCAAAGUCAAUGUCAACCUUCUCAUCUUCCUCCUCAAUAAGAAGUUCUUGCGGAAGUAG